AUGGGACAAAGUCUGCAGAAAUGUGAUACACAUAGAAAGAACUUCAAACAGUGUUUAGAUGAAAGUAAACAUAUAGGAAUCUUUUUUGAGAAGAAGCUUUGCAAGUGUAAUCAAUGUGGGGAGGCAUUCAGUUGCCAUUCAGACAUUAUUCAACAUCACAGGAAAGUUACUGAAGAAAAGUCAAGAGAAUGUUAUGAACGUGGCAAAGUAUUCAGUUGCCAAUCUUGUCUUAUUCUACAUUGGGGAAUUUGGGUUGAAGAAGAACCCUGUGAGUAUAAUGAAUAUGGCACAUCCUUUAGUUGGCAUCAGCAUAUUACUGAACAGAAAAUUCUUAUGGGACAGAAACACUUGAAAUAUAAUGAAUGUAGGAAAUUGUUUAAUCAUCCUAGAUACCUUGGUAACCAUAAGAGAAUUCAUUCAGGAGAGAAGCACUUUGAAUGUAGUGACUGUGGAAAAUGUUUUACUAAGCGUGGCAACCUUACUAAACAUAAGAGACUUCAUACAGGAGAAAAACCCUUUAAAUGUAAUGAAUGUUGUGAAUCAUUUAGCUGGAAGGAAAGGUUUGCUACACAUAAGAGGAUUCAUACUGGAGACAAACCCUUCAAAUGUAAUGAAUGUGGGAAAUCCUUUAAUCUUUGUGGACACCUUGAUAACCAUAAAAGAAUUCAUACUGCAAAGAAACCUUUUGAAUGUAAUGAAUGUGAAAACAACGGCUUAACCACACAUAUAAGGAUCUGUACUGGAGAGAGACCCUUUGAAUGUAACAAAUGUGGAAAAUCUUUUAAUCAUUGUGGUGAACUUACUACACACAAGAGAAUUCAUACAGGAGAGAAACCAUUUGAGUGUAGUCUGCGUGGGAAAUUUUUUAAUCAUCAUGUAGACCUUACAAAACAUAAGAGAACUCAUACUGGAGAGAAACCCUUUGAGUGUCAUGAAUGUGGGAAAUCUUUUAAUUGUUGUGGAGAACUUAAUAGACAUAAGAAAAUUCAUAUUGGAGAGAAACCCUUUAAAUGUAAUGAGUGUGGGAAAUGCUUUAAUCAUCGUGGAGGUCUUACUAGACAUAAGAGAAUUCAUACAGGAGAGAAACCCUUUGAAUGUAGUCAGUGUGGAAAAUCCUUUAAUCAGUGUGGAGACCUGACUAGACGUAAGAGAAUACAUACUGGAGAAAAACCUUUUGAAUGUAAUGACUGUGGAAAAUCCUUUAGCUGGAGGCAACAGCUUACUGCACAUAAGGGAAUUCAUCUUGGAGAUACAGCUUUUCAAUGA